CAACACCGUUGAAAAAGGGCUAUAAUCCAUGUUAUAAGGGACCCAAUAAAAACAGAUCAUGUACGGAUGUUAUUUGCUGUUUUAUAUUCUUGAUCUUCAUUGGAGGCCUUGUGGUUGUGGCCUACUUCGCUUACGUGUAUGGCAACCCAAAGUUGUUGAUCUACCCACAAGACUCCGAGGGUAACCUGUGUGGAAUGGGCACUAAAGUCAACAAGAAGUACCUGUUUUUCUUCGACCUUGUUGCAUGUGGUAGGAUGGGACCAGGUGUGUUUGUCAAUGGUUGCCCCACUCCACAGGUUUGUGUAGAGAAGUGCCCAGAUGAAGAUUAUGUAUUUCUACAAAAUACCAAAGAUAAUGAUAAAUCUCACCUGAUAUGCAAGGAUAAUGUGAACACUAAAUCAACCACCAAGAGGGUGGAACAACUAGUGGUAGACGGCGACUGUGCAGCAUAUUACUUCAAAAGUGAAGCAAGUAAUUAUCCUGUUUCUUGUUUGUCAAAACCAAUAUAUGAGCAAUUUCUUCAUGCUAAAGAAUUUGGAGAGAAGAUUAUUGCUGAUGUAGUGGUUUGUUGGUGGAUGAUCCUAAUUGGGCUAAUUAUUGCCAUGACACUCUCCUUAAUCUGGAUAACUCUGAUGCGCUGGCUUUCUGGCCUCAUGGUCUGGCUCACCAUCCUGGCUUUUGUUGCCAUUUGGUUAUGCUUGACAGUUGCCAGCUGGUACUUGUAUACUCAGGCCAAAGGCAAAAAUGAAACAUUGACUUUCUACUUGGUUUGGAGGCUAACAUUUGAAAAGGAGAAGCUGUUCCUUGCUGCUGGUAUCAUCUUUGGAGUGAUCCUGACCAUUGUCCUGCUUAUCCUGCUGUUCUUGUGUCACCGGAUCAUCAUUGCCGUGGCUAUCAUCAAGCAAGGAAGCAGAGCUGUUGGUGCUAUGUGGUCUACGUUGCUAUGGCCUUUGAUUCCUUUCAUCCUACAACUUGGUGUGAUUGGCUUGUGGGGAAUUGGCCGUGCUGAAAAUCUGGCAGAUAAUAACAUCACAUUUUCUAAUGGAAGCUAUGACUACGAUGCUAUCCGGAGAAGGUCAAGCAACCUGUUUGAGGAAAUACCCUGUGAUGCCAAUGACACUUCCUCCGACUUGGGCAGAUUUUGUGGUUUCAUCAAAUAUGGAAAAGGAAAUUACACAAUAUACCUGCAGAUCUUCAACCUGUUUAUGUUCUUCUGGCUGGUCAACUUUGUGUCAGCCCUAGGACAGCUAACACUGUCAGGAGCUUUUGCCAGUUGGUACUGGGCGUUCAAUAAGCCAAAAGAUAUUCCAAUGUUCCCUGUACUGGGUGCACUUUGGAGAUGCUUCAGGUACCAUCUGGGUUCACUGGCUUUUGGUUCCUUGCUUAUAGCCAUUGUUCAGUUGAUUAGAGCCUUCCUGGAGUACCUGGACAGCAAACUCAAGGGAACAGAGAAUCCUAUUGCCAAAUUUUUACUCAAGUGCCUAAAAUGUUGCUUCUGGUGCCUGGAGAAAUUCUUGAAAUUUCUAUGCAAAAAUGCAUAUAUAAUGAUGGCAGUCUAUGGCAACAAUUUCUGCAGCUCUGCCAAGCGGGCUUUUGACCUCAUUUUAAGGAACUGUGUGAGGGCUUUUGUCCUGGAUAAAGUCACAGACUUUUUACUGUUUGUUUCCAAACUGGUCAUAGUUGGGGCAGUAGGUGUCAUUGCCUAUUUCUUCUUUGAUGGAAGAAUAGAUUUCCUGAAAGAGUACCAGCCAGUACUAAACUUUUACAUUGUGCCAAUAGUU